AUAAAAAGAAGAAGAAACGUGUUUCGAUUUUGAGCAUCAGAGGAAGAAUUUGCUUCUCCGAUUCGGACUGUAAGGUGUCAGAGAGCCUCAUGUUAACUACAUUUGUUUUACAGUGUGAUGGUGUAAAAGUACCGAAUUGCCACAAACUCUAGAAACUGUAGAAGCGCUGCAGGUAAUUUGAGGGAGCAGCAGAUGUGACUGGGAUUCACGCCAAUAAAUGGCUCGAAUGUUUCCAUCUCCGUAAACGUGGCAAAGUCUUGUUUCCAAACAAGCAGGAGAAACUCCAGCUGUAGGAUCUGAGAUCUGCACGACAUUAAUGUGAAGAUGGAGUUUGUUAAAGAGGAGAGUGAAGACAGGAGUGAUGCAGAAACACACAGAGAGAAAGAGGAAGAAACUGAGGAGCACAGAGAGCUGAUGCAAGAGAAAGAUGGAAGUCGAGUGAACGACGUGGAGGAAGAACAUCAGGAAGCUGGAGAAAAAUCCUUCAGUCACUCAGAAACGAAAAAGAAAGUCUCUCAAGAAGCCAGUAAUUCAUUCGUGUGUCCCGAGUGCGGGAAGAGUUUCACACAUAAAGGACACUUCAACGAACACGUCAAGAUCCACUCUGGAGUGAAGCCCUUCAGCUGCCCUCACUGUCAGAAGAGCUUCACGUGUAAAGGACACUUAAAACGCCACAUACGGAUUCACACCGGCGAACGUCCGUACGGCUGCAAUCAGUGCGGGAAGAGCUUCAAAUGCGCCACCAACCUCAAAGAUCACCAGCGCUCGCACUCGGGCGAACGGGCUUUCAAAUGCGAACAGUGCGGGAAAAACUUCAUUUUGGCCUCGAACCUGAAGGCCCACCUGAAAAUCCACACCAACGAGAAGCCGUACGUGUGCGCCGUGUGCGGGAAGGGCUUCCUGCGCUUGGGCUGUUUUAACGAUCAUCAGAAAAUACACACGGGCGAGAGAGCGCACAUAUGCUUCGAGUGCGGAGACACCUUCACCAGAUCCAGCGCUCUGAAACAGCACCAGAAGAUCCACACCGGAGAGAAGCCCUACAAGUGCUCGUACUGCGGGAAGGGGUUCACUCACUCCGGAGCGCUCAAGAGACACGAGCGCGUCCACACCGGAGAGAGACCGUACCACUGCGCCGCCUGCGGCAGGAGAUUCACACAGUCCAGCGAUCUGCAGAAUCACAUUAAAAAGCCCUGUCCCAUGCUGCCACACACCGAGCACAGUUCAGCUGCACUUCCAGUGUGAACACUGAGACGUUCUGCUGAAUGAGCUUUUCAUAGACUAUAUACAGUUUGGACUUGUUUGACAAAACAGAUUCGAGGGAAAUCGGUGUAUUCCUUGCCACACGUUUGAGAGAAGUCUUUUCAUCUGGGAUGCAAAGUAGAAAUGCGCACUUAGAGCUGCACGAUUAAUUGUUAAAAGAUCUUGAUUCAACCUUAUUCCUAAAUGACAACGAUCGCCUGUGUGUGUUAAA